AUGAGGCCACUUUUUCGCUUCGAAAAGAAAUUCAAAAUUUACGCAGCUCAUCUUUGGGAUUUGGUCCAUGAGGUGCAACUUCUUACGUUUGAUGUGAGCCAUCAAUACGUUUUGCUUGUGGCAAGUGGUCCUGAUCAGUGGAGGCUUCCGGGAUUUCUUUCUAAAGAAGUAUCUGACAGCUCGAUAGAGGGUGUGUGCAGCGCUGCCAAGACAGUAAUUGGUAUCGAAUUUCCGUUUCUUGUUCUUCGACAUUGUUACUCUGAGGAGUUGUCCGUUGAAACGCCUAAUCUUUCAGCUACUAAGGUCCGCGCCAUUCUCGUUGCUCAGUGCCAUGAGAAAUCUCAAGAAGUGCCUUCUGGAUGCAGUUGGGUGGCCAUCACCAAUGAUCACAGAGCGGGUGUCGUCCAUGUGUCGCACUCGGAGAAAGAAGCGGAGCAGGCCAUUCGGCGAGAACUGGAACAGACCGUAGCUAACGUUACGCCGCCUAGACGGGUGCCUUGGGCCUCUGUUGGAUGGUAUCAAGAAACGCUUCGAAAGGUGCGCGAAAUAUUGGAUGGACACAAUGUGCAUGUGAUGGGGGAAUUGGUUCAGAUCCGUGCGUCAUCCAGAGGAGCCGUGCUAAGGAUCAAGACGAACGAGAGUGAUUACUACCUUAAAUGCAGUGCAUCCACGUCGAACGAUGCUGGAGUCACGUCAAUAAUGUCUAGCGUUGUUCCUGAUCUUGUCGCCAAGCCGUUGUUCGCAGAUGUGGAACGUCGUCAAAUGAUCCUUGUGGACCACGGUGACGAGACUAGCUUCUGUGGAUUGGAAGAUGAAGGGCGUAAGCAGGGCGUAAGAGAUCUGGUGCGUCUGCACCGCGCAAGCGCAAAGGUGUUGCCUGAUUUGUUGGAGGCCGGACUACCAUGUUAUUCACCACUGUGGAUGCGUGAGAACUUGAACUCACUUUUUCAGUGUAAGGAGCUUUUGCCCAUGCUGGAAACGGAAGCAAAACAGAAACUGUCGAGCAUCAAGGUGAAGCUGCAAGACGAUCUGACAGAACUUAUUGAUUUGGAAAUGCCUACCUGUUUGAUACACAAUGACACGACCAGUGGGAACCUAACCAGGAAGGGCGCCGAUGAGGGUCCAGGGGUCCGGUUUUUCGACUUUGACAGCUCUUUCGCAGGCCAUCCUUUGUUUGAUGUUGACUGGUGCAACCGAUAUACCCUAGAGGUCUAUGCACAGGAAAUGGACAUAGCUGACAUUGACGGAUUGUAUAGGUUGAUUGGGAAAGUAUUCUUCAACCUUGCGCCGCUCGUGGAAGCAUAUAGAUACUUGGAUAUGGUUAGGGAGGCGGAAGACGGUGCUCCCCGGGAAGACGCCCUUCACUGGCUAGAGGACAGUCGGGUGGGCAAAGGACUAGGAAGACAUCACGAAUCGAAUUCUGAGGAUCGUAGACGUGGGCACUGUGUUGUACAGGACAAACAUCGCAAAUAA